AUGAGUAUUGUACUAAAUAACAAUCUCAGCAUUAACACUCAACAGUUACCAGAUGUAUUAUUCAACGAUUUGGGUCUGUCUACAGUAGAACUAAUGUCCGAUGAGCAAGCUCAACGAGUCUCUGCGGCGUUGACGUCUAAUGAGAACAAAAGUUCUGCUGAAAAUGGCUCCAGUUCUGAAGAAGCUGCAUCUAAAGAAUUGCAAAAGGCAUCUCAUAAAAAGAGACAGAAGGCUAAGAAACUUUUACGAAAAUGGAAGCAAUCUGUGAAACAGAAGUUGCAUAUGACGGAAUACAAUCAAAACGGUAAUUUUUCAAACAACCAAGGAACAGUAACCAGUAUAGGUGAGCUCAAAGAUGCUCUAAGCUGUUAUUACAGGUUUAAAUCAGAUGAAUCAAAAAUUGAGGAAAUGUUUGAAACAAUAAUGUUUAGAAAUAAUACACAGAGCCCGCCAGUUACAAGAGAUCAGGAGCUAAGGGAAUUAGUUCCAUUUGAAAUUAUAGGAGAGCAGAAGCUAAAUGAUUUAAGGAAAAAAUUGGAUGUAUUUAGUAAUUGUUUGUCAGCCCUAGAUGACGAUAAGCCUUGGAAUCAAGCUAGCGGCUUCAAUUCUCCAGUCAUAGACUCCAAGGUGCCACGGUCGGAAAUUGGCGGAUCAGGUUCCCCCCCAGAAUUAGUAUCGGGAAUUUCUACAUUAGACAGCGGAGCUGCAUCUGAGUCGUUGGAGAAGAAUUCAUUCUGCCAGAUACUAAGCGGUGAAGAAUGUGGGAUUAACGGUUCAUCGGAAUCUAUACAGGAAGGAGGUCACGGUUCAGGUAGUUCGAAGACUUCAUCAAUAGUUGAAAAACUAGCGUCCUUUGUAAGAACACCAAAAACUAGCGAGACAAGUCCUAUGGACACUGUCAGAUUGAGUUCCCCACUAGAUAGUGGAUUUGAAGUACAACGUUUAGUGAUCCCCACCUUUAGAAUGAAUGCAGGAAAGAACAUGGAUGUCUCACAUAUAGUUGAAAACCUAAAGAGCGGCACGAUUACUGAGAGAGACUUGCUAUAUUUAGCUUCAAUGUAUACAUCCCAGGAGGUUGGAUUCAUGGACAAAUCAUUCUACGAUGAGCAAGGAAAUGAAGCCGACAACGAAUCAGCAACUUCUGAUGAAUAUGAAAUAGAACACCAAACAAUAGGAACUGAUGAUAAAGAAUGCUGCAAGCAGAUUUCUGCUAAUGAAAACAACGAUUCUGUGAAAUUCGAUAGGUUUUCAUAUUUAGUAAUAUACAAUGCCUCCAAGAAGUGUGAUAGUUCUAGACUCAAAAAGCGCAGUAUUGAAGACUGUGGUGAAAAUAGCCAUCCUCCAGCUCCUGCAGCAGAUUCCGGAUAUGAUGGCGAUGACGAAGCUGUGCACAGCAAUAAUAUUACUGAGUCGGAAGAAUCUCUUCACAAGUCUAUACUAAAGAGUAAGAGCAAUGACAAGGAAUUCCUAGAAUCCCAAAGGGCCGUCAAAUGCGAUAAAGUUAGCGUUGAUGAGUUUUUAGAGUUCUUUGAAAAGUAUGAAAAUGAAAGGCGUGAAGGUGAAUAUGUCUUAAGUUUCGCUCGUGACAAACAAUUAAGCAAUUAUUACUCUAAGGAAUACUUCCCAGAGAUUGGUCGUUUAGAUGUGCCAGUUAAAGCCAGUAAUGAAUUUGCACGUAGCAAAAUGGCUACUGAACAUAACAUUGGACGCGAGUUAAUGGACGUUAAGAAUGAAGUUGGCACAUGUACAUGUGCAGAUUGUUCCAACGACACCAUUGUUGAAGCCAAUUAG